UCCCACAUCCAGCACUGGACGCAGCGAGCUUCACCUAAGAUCAGCGACACAAACAUGGCACAAGAAGCGUCUGCAGCGGCACUGGAGAUCGACCCGGAGCACUUAGUAAACGACAACGACUCGGCCCUCUGCGAUGUCUCUGACGAGCUCUCGACGUUCACCCAGUCGUUGACGCCGAGCGUGACCGAUUAUCCCACCGAGCAUGGCCGCCGCUAUCAUGCCUAUCGCUCCGGCACGUAUAUCCUGCCGAAUGACGAGACGGAGCUGGAUCGGUUGGACAUCAUGCACUUCCUGAUUAAGAAGGGACUGGGGGACAAGAUAUAUCGCGCGCCGAUUCCGAAGAACCCGAAGCGCAUUUUGGACAUCGGGACCGGCACCGGCAUCUGGAGCAUGGAGAUGGGAGACAUGUUCCCGGAUGCGCAGAUCUUGGGGAACGAUCUCUCGCCAGAGCAGCCCAGCUUCGUGCCGCCAAACGUGAAGUUUGAGGUUGAUGACGUGGAGGAUCCUUGGACCUACAAUACGCCAUUUUCGUACAUCUUCUCCAGGUAUAUGGCCACGUCCAUUGCGGAUUGGCCAAGGCUGAUAAAACAAGUCCAUGAUAACCUUGAGCCUGGAGGAUGGGCGGAAUUCCAGGAUUUCGAUCUUCUUUACUAUAGCGACGACAACACGAUGAACCCGGACACGGAGAUAUACAAGUGGAUCCGUCACAUUCUUGAUGCCUCAAGGAAGAAUGGACGCGACCCUUGUCCUGGACCGCAAUUGGAGGGCUGGCUGAAAGAUGCCGGGUUCCAGAAUGUGCACCACGAGCGUAUCAAGUUCCCCAUUGGGCCCUGGCCGAAGGACAAGCAGAAGAAAGAACUGGGCAUGUUCAAUUUGAUGCAGACCCUCCAGGGUCUCGAGGGGUAUUCGCUUCGGCUCUUUACGCAAGUCUUGGGCUGGCGGCUGGAAGAGGUCCAGGUGAGCCUUGCGAAGGUGCGCAACGAGAUAAUGAGCAAAUGGUUGCAUUCGCAAUUCGAUCUACAUGUCGUGUAUGCACAACGGCCGGAGGCAAAGGCUUGAACGUCGGGGCUAGUGCUACUUUCUGGUCAGCAGUUUCGAGGAGAUGUGCUCGGGUCUCGAAUUAUCCGCUCAUUCCUGUGAUACCAUAUCCGUACGGGUAUAUGACACCCUUUCGCUUUUAUACCUUUAUGCUUUCAUGGAAUACUUUUGUACUCUUGUAUAUUUGUGCCUUUGAAUGUCUGUCUUUGAUGUCUUGUGCAAUACUCUUGUAUCCUGGUAUCAUAUUGCCCUUGUAGUUACAUGUUGACUACCGAACAUAGUGUUAUAACUUGUUGUGACCACCGA